GGUGAGACUCGUCCGUCUCCUGGUCUACGGAACUGAAGUUAUCAUGCUCAAGGGGACUGCCGACUACGUCCUGGUGAACGGGACCCGCAGUUCCGUCCCGGUCUUCCUCGAGGACGGCCGACUCCAAGUCCGGACCGCCGGAUUCACUAUGAGGGCGACCGCGGACUCGGACUGACCGUGACCGACGAUGGCUCCCACCGCGCAUCGAUCACCCUGCCCGGAUCCUAUCACGGAGCAGUCUGUGGGAUGUGCGGGAACAUGAACGGGGACCCCUCCGACGACAUGCGCACCCGCAGCGGGAACCUUACGACCUCGCUGGGGAUAUUCGGGGCCAGUUGGAGGGCGGACGGCGGUAGCGGAGGGGACGUAUGCCGGGACUCCUGCACCGGCAGGUGCGGAGUCUGCCCCGAGGCGGAGCGCUACUCCUUGCCGUCCUCCUGCGGUCUCCUCCGAGACCAGGCCGGCCCCUUCCGACUCUGCCAUGCCGCUAUCAACCCUCAGGAUUUCGAGCAGAGCUGCGUCUAUGACCUAUGCGCCACCGGCGGCCUGGAGGCCUCCCUCUGCCAGGCUCUCUCCAGCUAUGCCGAGGCUUGCCGCUCAGUCGGGAUGAGGCCAGAGCCCUGGAGGACCGAGACAUUCUGCGGCAUCCGGUGUCCGGCCAACAGUCACUAUGAGGCGUGUGGGAAUGAGUGCGGCCGGGAUUGUGUCUUCAGUUCCCUCGCUUUGCACUGCAACGAGUCGUGCUCGGUAGGGUGUUUCUGUGAUCCGGGCUACUUCCGCGACGGGAGCGAAUGCGUCCUCCCGGAUCACUGCGGCUGUUUACAUCACGGUGUCUACAUGAAGUUGGGAGAGCGAAGCGUGUCUCCAGAGUGUGCGGAGGUGUGCCAGUGCUCGCAGGGAAGAAGGGUCCAGUGCGUCCCCUUGGGCUGCGGGGCCGGGGAGGUGUGCACCAUCCGCGGGGGCAGGAGGGGCUGCUUCACCGCCCAGGCCCUCUGCACUGUCACAGGCGGAGGGGCUCACCUCCUCACCUUCGACGGCCGACCGGACCGCCUCCGGGGUUACUGCACAUACACGCUGGCCGAGGUCUGCUGCAAUUCCUCCGCCCCCUGGUUUCGAGUGACGGCGGAGAAGUGGCAGGAGGGCGAGAUGGCAGAGGGUGUCACCCGUGUCAGGUUCCAGCUGGUGGGCGCCGACUUUGUACUUGAGAGGGGAAGGCCGCCGACGAUGAACGGGGCACUCAUCUCUCUCCCCUUCACCAGCCCCUCUGUCGCCAACGUAUCCUUUGUGGCUCGUGAUGUCAUAUCAGUCACAGCGUCCCAGCUGGAAGUGCGUUUCGACGGGGAGGGGACCAUCUUUGUGAAGGUGGGGCCGUCCUACGCCGGCCUCCUGCGUGGGAUGUGUGGCAAUUGGAAUGACGAUCCUUCUGACGACGAUCUGGAGCCUUCCAGAAAUGGCAGCGAACCCAGCUAUCUCUGGGGAAUCACCAACAGCUCUCAGAGAUGUGAAGAUAACUCCAACGUGACCGAACUUGAGUGUCCCCAGUCUCCCUCUUUUGAGUCCCUGUGCUCCAUCAUCCUCGACAUCGCCGGACCCUUCGCUGCCUGUCACCGUCGUCUGGACCCUGAGAACUUUUACAAGUCCUGUGUGCACGACCUGUGCCUCCAUGGCACGAAUGGUACACGGCUUUGCAGAGCCAUCACCACUUACGAGAAAGGAUGCAUCCUCGAGGGGGUGCAUAUUCCCGCCUGGCGCAAUCCCAGAAUUUGCCCGAUAACCAAUCCAUGCAGAGAUCAGGAAUGCACGGCUGAAGAGUGGUGUGGAGAGCGAGGAGGCAAAUACGGCUGCUUCUGUAAUACGACAACCAAUAUCGCCAAUCACCGCAUUUACGACUACAAGCUAACCUGCAGUGGCUCCAACAGCAGCAUUUCAUUCGCAUGCUGCCUUUUAUUCAGCGAUGGGUGGGUGGCUCAAUCUCUUCACCUGAAUGAUCCCAACUGCAAGGCCAGUCUCAGAGACGGGAGGAUUAUGUUCACUUUCAACAGCCAUCAAAGAUCCUGCGGCUCGAAGUUCCAGGUAAAUAGAACACACUUUAUACAUUCCAACACUGUCCACGGAUAUAAUGGUGCAGAAAAUAGAAUUGUUGUAAGGAACCGGACACUGUCCAUUGAAUUCUCCUGCACAUUCCCGCUGACAAUUACUCUGUCCCUGCUUUUGGGGAGCAUCGUGAAGAGGUGCCCGAAUUCUCUCAGUGAGGUGGUGAUUGAAGAAAGCGGCGUCUCCCCCAUUUGCCGAUUCGAAUUCUCAGCUUUUAAGUUUCAGGGCGAGGUGAAUGAUGUCUAUGUGCAUUGUCAAAUUCAGCUGUGCAAUUUCCGAACGACCCAGUGCUCACUGAAUUGUCCACUCCAAAGAAUCGCUAGGAAUGCUGGAGGCACCAACCAGACAAGAACUUUCAGCAUUGGCCCACACAAAAGGGGAGGUACUGCAGGAUUCAUGCUCGAUGGCAACCAUGCAAUCUCAAGCUCUCCGCUGACGUCUGGCUGCCUUUUCCUCACCUGCCUGUUCCUUCAAGAUAUUCUACAAAUUUGAGGGCCCAUUUUCAGUUUUGUCAUCCACUGUUAAGUCAGUCUCGAUCGAUAAAACAAUCGGACCCUUUUGCAUUCUCUCCCCUAUUGAUAGGAUCUUGUGUGUGGUUUCGGUGUCGUGACCUUUUCAGUCUCUGAUGCUCCUUUCUGAAUAAAUUUUCCUCA